GCGGCUUUGUUUUGAUUGUGGCGGCAUCGAAAGUGGAAAUAAUUUCGAGGAGAUUUUUAAGCAAAAUUUGCUAUAUUUAGAGGGAUUAUUGAUAUUUAAAAAGUUUUGCAGUGUCCCUAGGAUAGUUCAGCAGCGUCAAAAUGAAUAUUUCUACGGAUUUCGGACCGGACUCAGGCGGGCGAGUGAAGGGCCUCACCAUCGUCAAACCUCUCAUUUACGGCAACGUAGCCCGAUCAUUCGGCAAAAAGCGCGAAGAAGACGGCCACACCCACCAGUGGACGGUGUACGUAAAGCCGUACCAAAACGAAGACAUGUCCACGUACGUGAAGAAAAUCCACUUCAAACUGCACGAAAGCUACGCCAACCCAAAUCGCGUGGUCACAAAACCCCCCUUCGAAGUGACCGAAACGGGCUGGGGAGAGUUUGAAAUCGUGAUUAAGAUCCACUUUCACGACCCAACGGAACGACCCGUCACGAUGUACCACAUCCUGAAGCUGUUCCAGAGUCCGAUUCUGGACGGGGAAGUUACAACGACGCAGAUUGAGGGCAAGAAGGGCCUGGUGUCGGAGCAGUACGAGGAGAUUGUGUUUCAGGAACCGACCCAGCUGAUGCAGCAACUGCUGACGAACGUGCAACCGGUCACAACGGGCGCGUGGAAGCAUGACACGGAUUUUGAAGAGAAAAAAGUUCAAUCGCUGGAGAACAUAAUCGAAACGAAGGCAAAAAUCAAAUCGGAAAUUACACUGCUCAAGGAUAAGCUCAAGCUGGCGCGGGAAACGAUCGCCAAGUUCAAGACGGAAAUGGCCAAGGUGCAGGGCCAACAGCCGGCGGCGUGACGGAGAGAGGGAGGUCUGUAAGUCUGGAAUUUUAUCUUGUAAGGCUGCGAACGUUUGAAGCUUUUUAAAAAACAAACUAUUGGGCAAGAAU